CCCCCGAGAAAAAUAUCACCAGUCAGUCCUCUCCGGUUCUCCUCCUCCGUCCGCGCAUCCCAUCUCGCUCGGCGGCGGCGGCGGCCAUGGGGGGCGACUGGCAGGAGCUGGCCCAGGCGGCGGUCAUCGGCCUCCUCUUCGCCUUCCUCGUCGCCAAGCUCAUCUCCACCGUCAUCGCCUUCAAGGAGGACAACCUCCGCAUCACCCGCUCCCCACCGACCUCCCCCGCGGCCCCGACCACCCCCGCAACCUCGGCCCCGCCGCAGGCCUCCCUCGAAGGCGUCCGCGGGGACACCAGCGACGACGGCAGCGACAGCGACUGGGAGGGCGUGGAGAGCACGGAGCUCGACGAGGAGUUCAGUGCCGCCUCCGCGUUCGUCGCCGCCUCCGCCGCGUCCGGCACGAGCGUCCCCGAGCAAGCGCAGCUGCAGCUCUACGGCCUCUACAAGAUCGCCACCGAGGGGCCCUGCACCGCGCCGCAGCCGUCCGCCCUCAAGCUCAAGGCCCGCGCGAAGUGGAAUGCUUGGCAUAAAUUGGGUGCUAUGCCGACAGAAGAAGCAAUGCAAAAGUACAUCACAGUUGUUGAUGAGCUAUUCCCUAACUGGAGCAUGGGUUCGAGCACAAAAAAGAAAGAUGAGGAUACCACAGUGUCUGCUUCAAGUUCGAAGGGACCAAUGGGGCCUGUAUUUAGCAGUUUAAUGUAUGAGGAGGAAGAUCAGGGAAAUGACUUAGAACUUGGUGAUAUCCAUGUUUCAGCAAGGGAAGGAGCAGUUGAUGACAUAACAAAGCAUCUGGUUGCUGGGGUACAAGUCAAUCUGAGAGAUAGUGAAGGCAGAACUCCACUGCAUUGGGCUGUUGACCGUGGCCAUCUAAAUUCUGUUGAGAUUCUUGUCAAUGCAAGUGCAGACGUGAAUGCUCAGGACAAUGAAGGACAAACGGCGCUUCACUAUGCUGUCCUCUGUGAGAGAGAAGAUAUUGCUGAAUUGCUUGUGAAGCAUCAUGCUGAUCUUCAAAUCAAGGAUGAGGACGGGAACACCGUGCGGGACUUAUGCCCUUCAAGCUGGUCUUUUAUGAACCAGGCAAACUGACAACAUGAUGCCCUGCACUCUUUUGGUCGUUUACUACCAAGAAACCGCAUUGUCAAUGUUAGCCGAACUAGAUGAGUUGUUUUAUGAACCUCAUCGAAUAGGUCACUGUCAAAAAAUAUUGCUGUAUUAGUGAAAGGAUAUAUCCUGUACUGCUUAUACGGUCUUACACUGUUAGUUUGUUUGUUCUGAACAUCAAUGUUGGCCAGGUCUGUAAUCCAUGAGCACCCUAUUUCAGAAUGAGCCUUGUCAGACUUCCCUU